UAACGGACAUUGAUUUAGACUCGAUCUUCGACGUUGCUCUCGUUUACAGCACCAGCGAAGUCAACUCAAAGACCAAAUUUAGAAGACUCCAUCUUCUCCUUUGUCCUCUUUACUCCCUUUUCUUUCAGCCACAUAAUUGGCUUGUAAAUCCCGUGAAAGAACAAAGCCCGCCAUCUCCAACAAAGGCAUUGCUCCCCUUCCCUCGUCAAUAUGAACCCAUCGCACUCCUUCAUACCAACCGUAACCCGAAGCACACACCACGAUUCCUCGGAAACCUGAACAUCUCCCAACCGCAAAGAUCUCUAUACCUCAACCCCAACCCAACAAAAACAAUGAAACCUUCAACUUUCCUCUCUCUCAUCUCCUCUCUCAGCCUCAGCCUUACCACCGCCGCUGCCCCCAACAACAUCGAAAAGCGAACCCAACCCGGCGGUUUCUACGCGUGCAAAAACGCCUUUUGGGGCGCCCCCUGCGAGUAUGACGUCGCGCCCAUGGGUGGGUGUAUGGACAUCGGUUGGGCAGACUGGAAGAACGCCAUCAGCUCGUUUGGCCCGGACAUGGCGGACAAUGUGUCGCCGUGGAGCUGCAGUCUCUUCUCGAAGACGGGUUGUGGAAGCGACUCUAUCAAUCUACGAUACCCGGGGAGCGAGGAUCUGGACUACGAGAACUUCAAUGACAAGACAAAUAGUCUUAGGUGUGAAUGGGAUAGUCCGAAGUUAAAUUGAUUGGCUGGAGGGCGGGAUGUUGCGAUGGAUGCUUCCCGACCUAUCUUUCCUCGGUGGCAUUCUUUUUUGACCAUUUUCUAUUCUUCGUGUGAAUACUUUUUCUGGUUUGGUAACGCUGGGCCGGU